AUGGCACUGCCAUCAGAGGAUGGAAACGAGAAACCCAGACAGCAUUCAAGGAAGUCCUCUACGAAGGGAAUUCCUACAUUGAUUCCUCCACUGAUGGCAUUCUUCUUUUGUGAAUAUGAGCAUGUGGCCUGGAUUUGCACUUUAAAUAAGUGGCCUAGUGCGCUCUGUGAUCCAGUCUUUCUCCCCGAUGGUCUACCUGUAAGCACAAUCGCUCGAAAUAUUUCUGCUCACUAUCAACCCUUUCUCAAGGCAGAGAAACCUACUGUCGUUGGAUGCUAUAGAAAACGCUAUUCAGACAACGUCACUGUUUUCUCCUGCGUCUUCGGUAACGGUGGCGGUUACCUUGAGUUCAGAAAUUACGAUUCAAUUCUCUCCAUUCUCAACAACGUCAACACUGUUUUCACAUCUAUUCUGUCUUAUGAAUAA